AUGAGAGGGCUGAAGAUGUGGCCGAGAAGCAUUGCGGCCGUAGCAUACUGGCUGUUAUGGCUGCUGCGAGCUUCGAGCGUAGCAGCAGGAGCUUUCAGUAGCUAUGGUGGUCCUGACCGUGGCCAUGCUGCAUUCCAUGAGCAACGUCGCCUACGCCAAGCAGCUCACUCGGCUAAGCACUCACAGCAUCAGAGUGUCGAGAGGCGUAGUGGACAAUAUUUGAAUGAGCAAACAAAAGCCUUCGCCGUGGAUGGUUCCGCGAUCCCAGAUGUUGACUUUGACGUGGGAGAGUCAUAUUCUGGUCUACUCCCAAUUUCCAAUCUCCCCGACGAGGACCGGAAACUCUACUUCUGGUUUUUCCCGUCGACGAAUCCUGAUGCAACUGAAGACAUCACCAUAUGGUUGAACGGCGGCCCAGGAUGUAGCUCACUGGAAGGCUUCCUCCAAGAGAACGGGCCCUUUCUAUGGCAGUAUGGCACCUUCAAGCCCGUCUCCAAUCCAUAUAGUUGGCACCGUCUCACGAACAUGAUCUGGAUCGAUCAACCACUCGGGACGGGCUUCUCGGUUGGUCAGGCAAAUGUGACUUCAGAAGUGGACGUAGGGUUACAAUUCUUAGGUUUCUUGAAGAAUUUUGUGGAGCUGUUCGGACUGCAGGGCAAGAAAAUUUACCUAACGGGGGAGUCGUAUGCUGGAAUGUUCGUUCCUUAUAUUGCGAACGCAAUGUUAGAUGCAAAUGAUACCAGUCUUUACAACCUGGACGGCAUCAUGAUUUAUGACCCGACCAUUGCAUCCAAUGAUGUCGAGAGAGAGCUCUUUGCAUAUUCGACGUACGAGACUUGGUCGAAGCUGUUUGCAUUCAAUCAAACAUUUGCUGAUGAAAUUCGUACACGAGCCAAGUCAUGCGGCGCGACCGAUUUCAUCGAGAAAUAUAUGACUUUUCCUCCAAUUGGGCCGAUGCCACCCGCUCCCUCGGGUUGUGAUCUGUACUAUACCAUCGGAGACAAUGCUUUCAUUCCCAACCCGUGUUGGGACCCCUAUCACCUGGCGACGACAUGUCCAAAUCUGUGGGAUGUACUCGGCUCCCCUGGGGCAUACAGCUACGUUCCAGCUGGCGCAUCUAUCUAUUUCAACCGACCCGAAGUCCAAAAGGCUAUUCAUGCUCCUAACUAUACCUGGUCCGAGUGCACAAACAACCCGGUUUUCGUCAACGACAUCGAUCUGACGGCCGCCGCUGGUCUGUGGACCAGUCAGACGGUUUUGCCACGGGUCAUCGAAAAGGUCAGUCGAGCCAUUAUUGGCCAAGGUGACAUGGACUACACGAUUCUCCCAAACGCGACGCUCCUUGCGAUCCAGAAUAUGACGUGGAGUGGGCAGCAAGGCUUUCAAGGUCCGGUUGAUGGGACGUUUUAUGUCCCGCCGGAUGCGAACAUGUCGGCCGCGUCAGGAAUCAUGGGUCGGACAAGGUCGGAAAGAGGGUUGACGUUUGUGGAAGUCAAUUUGUGCGGGCAUAUGGUUCCCCAGUAUCAACCUAGUGCGGCGUUCAGAAAUUUGGAAUUCUUGCUAGGCCGAGUGGAAAGCCUGGAGAGCGAAGUACCUUUUACUGUUGAGCCAAUCAGUUAG